CUCAUUUCUUCUACAUCCAAUUUCUUCAAUGUCAUUGAUCCAUCCUGUCCUCAUGGACAACUCAAUCGCUCUCUUGGGUGUAUUUAGUCUGUUAACUGUCUCUUUGGCAGGCCAUGUCUUUUUACGGUUCCGUUCGCACAAGUCUGUGCCAUUCGACGUCGUGAUGCCCGAAGAGGCUUUGCCCGGUUGGAAGGGUGGAAGUAUCUUGUCCAAUCCUUGUCUCCAGGACUCAACACAACCUGGUCAAAUCAUUUGCUACGAUCCUUCGACAGGGCGUCAUCUCGCCACCAUCCGCGCUCACACUAAAACAGACGUGGAUCUGGCAUUGGACAAAGCACGGAAAGCUCAGGCGAAAUGGCGUAACACUACAUUUGCGCAACGCAAGAUCGUCCUUCAAUCUCUUUUAGACUUUAUUCUUCUUCACCAAGAGUCUAUCUGUCGGGUUGCGUCUAGAGAUACAGGAAAGACGAUGGUUGAUGGAAAGUUUGGAGAGAUCCUCACGGUUUGUGAACGCAUUCGUUGGACAUUAGCUCAUGGAGAGAAAGCUCUCCGAGAUGAAUACCGCGAUCCCGGAUUACUUAUGUUUUACAAAGCUGCCAAAGUGGAAUACCGUCCUAUGGGUGUGGUUGCUGCUCUUGUGUCCUGGAACUAUCCCUUCCACAACACAUUUGGACCUCUCAUCACGGCAAUCUUUGCUGGAAAUGGUAUUUUGAUCAAAGCAUCGGAGCAAGUCGCUUGGUCAACAACAGUCUAUUUUGCCAAGAUUGCACGGACAUGUUUAGAGGCCUGUGGACAUGAUCCAGAACUUGUUCAAUUCUUAGUGGGCUUUCAAGAUUGUGGCGAGGCUGUGGUGGCAAGCGGUGUUGACGGCAUUACAUUUAUUGGAUCUCCUCAUGUCGGUACCAAGGUUGCCACCGCUGCAGCUGCCAAUCUAACACCGUGUGUACUUGAGCUAGGAGGCAAAGAUGUUGCAAUUAUUAACAAAGACGUGAAUUUGAACGCCCUUGUGCCUAUUCUGAUGAGAGGCGUCUUCCAAAACUGCGGGCAAAACUGUAUUGGUAUCGAGAGAAUCAUUGUUCACAAAGACCUACAUGACAAGCUUGUCGACAUGGCUGGCAGCCGGAUCAAGCAACUAAAACAAGGCCCGCCUUUGGAGAUCGAAAAUAUUGAUUGUGGCGCAAUGACCAUGAGCGGCCGUGCUGAGGUCUUAGAGCCCCUAAUUGAGGAUGCUGUAAACAAGGGAGCUACGUUAAUAUGCGGAGGAAAGGGUUUUAUUCAUCCUCAUUUCCCUCAGGGUCAGUUCUUUACCCCUACGUUGAUCACGAAUCUUCGCCCCAACAUGAGGAUUGCUCAGGAAGAAACGUUUGCACCGAUUAUGGCUAUUUUCAAAUUUUCAACACUGGAAGAAGCCAUUUCAAUCGCUAACUCGUCGAUUUACAGCCUUGGCUCUAGUGUAUUUUCACGCAAUCAAAAGGAGGGACUCUAUAUCAUGGAUCGUCUCCGUGUCGGCAUGAGCAAUCUGAAUGAUUUCGGUGUUAAUUAUCUCUGUCAAUCAUUGCCAUUUGGUGGUGUAGGAAAAAGCGGUUAUGGUCGCUUCGGAGGUGCAGAGGGCCUUCGAGGUGUCUGUCAUCAAAGGUCGAUCACUGUUGAUCGUUGGCCCAUGUUGAUUCAGACAUCCUUACCACCUAUACUGCAGUACCCCAUGAAUAAUGUGGGUGAUGCCAUUGUCGUCACUCGUGAUUUAGUCAAUAUUAUCUACGCAGGAUGGUUGGAACGUAUCAAGUCCGUCUUCGAUAUUGUAAAGGUUUUGCUUUUAGGGUCGAAUGAACCAGAACAGCUGUAGGGGUUUUUUUAUUUUUAUUUUUUUCAUAGAAGAAUGCAUCAAUGAUAGUCUCCUUUAAAUCUUCUUGAGCAUAAUACAAACCAGCUGUAAAUAGCUACAGACCUUAUUUCCCAUUAACGCAUUAAGGAC